AAAAAAAAGCGAUUGUGUUAGCAUUUUUAAACAAUGUUUAAUAUUGAUCUCGGAAAGUGUUUCUAGAUAAUUAUUAAUGUAGCUUAAAUGUAAUAAGGGUUAUUUUUUUUUAUUAUCGACUAGAGACGUAAAGAUGGUUUCAACACAGGUUAAAGUCGAGGAGUUAUGCCGAACAUGCCUUACAAAGGAAAUAGAUUUGAUUUCUGUGUACGAAGAGUAUUCAAAUUCCACUUUGGAAAACAUUAUAUCCGCAUUAACUGGGAUAAAGAUAGAAACGGGUGAUGGCUUUCCAACAAGCGUAUGUUAUGUGUGCAAAGAAAAAGCUACAAAUGCAUAUGAUUUCAAACUACAAUCUAUACAAGCUGACACCAAACUUCGUAAAAUUUACAAGAAAACAAAACAUGAAGAAAAAGUGAGUGACAAUAAGUUUGUAAAAAUGGAACAUGAACCUGAUGACGACUUAAUGGACCCAACAGAUUUUGAAGUGGAGUUUUCAAAUGACUUUGAAUCUUUUGACAUCAUUAAAACAGAGACAGAGAAAAAUAUCAAUGACAUCAAAAAAGCAGAUAAAAUUCUAACUUCAGAUAAAGAUGGUGGUACCUAUUGUCCUCUUUGCGCCACAAGCUUUCUAAACUCAGAUGGUUUGACUAGUCACAUGUGGGAGCAUCAUGCUGACAUUAUGGGUCCUAAAAAAAGGGGCCGCCCCAAAAGGCUUGGCACAACGGCGAUUCUAAAUAAACUCUCCGAAAAUGGUGUACAUGUUAAGUGGGUGACAGACAUGAAGUUCAGCUGCACCUUUUGUUCGCAGCAGCUAAGGUCGAAGGACGAUUUAGACUCGCAUGUGAAAUCUGAUCACGCAGAUACAAAAUUAUUGAAUUGCUUAUCAUGCAAGAAGAUGUUUUUGAAAAUGGAAGAUUUUGAAAAACAUAAAUGCGUCCAAGACAAGAAAGUUGAUAAGCCAGAGGAACAACCCGCCGAUGGUACGAGCAAAGAUAUAUGUGGAGAGGGGACAUUACAAGAAAUAAUUGAUAAAGUUCCUGAUACGGAAUGUGUCUCAGAUAUAAUUAUAUGCGAAUAUUGCGGGUGCAUCUGCGCCGGUCGCGAGGCGAUUGCAAGACACAGGGACGAUGAUCACCCGGAGAUGUCCCCGCGAUGCUCGCUUUGCUGCAAAACGUUCGCCUCAGUGGCGGCUGCGGCGCGUCACAGAACACGUUGUACGCAUCGGGAACGGUCGUUACGGUGUGAACUGUGCGCGGCACGAUUCGCCCAUGCCGCAACGCUUAACAAACACAUUUUGCGUUCGCAUCGCGGUCAGCCCGUGCGCGUUCGACCGCCGCUCCCGCCGCCUAAUGACCGCGAUCCAGCCUUUCGAUGCGAUAUAUGUUCAACUAAAUUCUGCAGGAAGGAUCUUCUCGCAAGACACGCGAAAGUUCACAAGCCGAGCGACAAAGUGUUUGAAUGCAACACGUGCAAUAAGAAGUUUCACAGGAAAUGCAGUCUCAGAACACACAUGCGUGUACAUGAAUCCGGUGGGACCGGUGCGACUACCAGCUCCUGUCUUUGCCUGUACUGCGGCCGUGGCUUCUCCAAUUCCUCGAACCUCAUCGUUCACAUGCGCAGACAUACAGGCGAAAAACCGUAUAAAUGUGAUUUCUGUGGAAAAGGUUUUCCGCGUUCGUCCGACCUACAGUGCCAUAGGCGAUCGCAUACGGGAGAAAAACCUUGUGUAUGUGGCGUUUGUGGGAAAGGCUUCAGCCGUAGCAACAAGCUCUCUCGACAUAUGCGCGUUCAUACAGGCGUUAAGCCAUACAAAUGCGUUUAUUGUGAAAAGGCGUUUUCUCAAAGCAACGAUCUCAAUCUACAUGUCCGACGACACACCGGCGACAAACCCUACGUUUGUGAACUGUGCGGCGAGCGGUUCAUACAGGGGACAGCUCUGCAUAACCACCGUAGAGCCCACGGACACUAUAGUGAAACAGUCCCACCGCCAGCUCCGCCCCCAUACUCUGUCUUGCCGAUUCUCCAUACAUCAUCAACACUGUGAAGAAAGGCCAGUAAAACGACAUAAUCAGUAUUAUGUGUUAAAAUAUUAAACUUUACGUAAUAAGUUUAAAAAUAAUUCUAAGAACAAUAACAUAAAUGUAAUUAUUAUAUUUAUUACUAUACAUUUAGAAGGUCAUAAAAAAGGCACGUUUGCUUUCAGUAUCUAACAUUACAACAAUCAUUUCCUAUAGGCCGCUGAAGUAUUUUUGCUUAUAAUCGUUAUAUCGCCACUAUAUAGACGUCAGAGCCUCGACAGUAGCAGUACUGCAAUUUGAAGUAUAUAAAUAGAAGUUAAUAUAUAUGUUUUUUUCUUACAAUAAAGUUCACAAAAAAGCCUGCGACUUUACAUGAAUGAAUGAAUCUAGCCUAAACAAUAAUUAUGGCUAAUACCUAAUAUUGAUUUUCUACAAUACUAAUAAAUAGCUUAAACUAAGGUAAUGUUCAUAAACAGUUAUAUUCACUACGCUAGGUUUAUUAAUUCAAAAGGUUUGGAUUGCCUCAGCAUUCACAUGGUUUAGUAGUCCUAAACCCUACCAAAGGCCGAUAAUAAAUUUGUUUGAUGAUUUUUAGUUUUAACCUCAUCAUUGCUAGUGUGCUGGACUUUUCAACUUUUUCUAUUCUUCUCGUGUAUUCGAAGCU